AUGCGUUAUCAACAAAAUCCCGGCUUCAUAACCAAGCACUGGGAGCAGUUAUGGCGUAGCAACAUUCCUGACCUGCUGUCGUUUCAAAAGACUCUUCAAAAUAGUAACUGCAGCCCAGGAUUUGUCGCUAUCGAUGCCGAACCAUGGGGAAACCCAAGCUCGCUUGUCGCUGAGAUUGGUUUAUGUCUGAUACUUCCCUUCAAUCCCUCCCAGUUCCCUCAGCCUCCCAACACUCCUAGACGACUUUGCAGCUCGUUGCGUGUCUCAACGCGCAGUAUCAAGAUAUCCGGCAGAGAUCAAGGCACCGGAAGUGAAACAUUCCAAGCUGAACACAGCCAGACGAUUCCGUCAACAGAAGUGGAAUCUGCUCUGGUGGAAAUCUUGAACACUUUCCGAGCUACGCUAGCCACCGUGCAAGGACAGCAGAAUGACCAGGCAGUACCCUUAAUCCUCAUCGGAUUCGACACUUUUUUCGAAUUUCAAUCCAUGUCUACAUCGUUCCCACUCAUCACAGAUCAUUUCUGCUCCUGGGUGGACUUGCAGGAACUGGUCAAAGACGCGGCACAAGCCAAAACAACUCCCAGCAUGCGGGAUUCCCUUAUUGCAUUUGGGAACGACCAAACAACAAUUGGCUCUAUCCAUGAAAAACAUAGUGCAGCACUGGAUGCCCUGCGAAUGGCGACACUUCUAGUCAACCUGCUCCGUCAUGACGCCAAAGAGCCGCUAUGCUUGCGAUUUACUCCCCCUCAAAAUUGUACAAACGGGAAAGUACUAGCGGGAUGUCGAGGAACCGGACAAUUCUCUACAAAAAAGCUCAAUGUCCCUAAACCAGGAGAAACACUUCCAUUCCAGGCAAUAGCAAUACUACGAGGAACUCCCCUCCCCAUGGCUCCGAUUGCGGAGACCCAAGUGUUUAAAGCUUUUGCCAAGUAUAACCCGAUUUCUUUCUUCUGUCACACUAGCAGGCGCUAUGAAUUUAAAGCCUAUAUCGGUUUUAGCAGCCUUGACGUGUUACGAUGGUUUGUGAAGGAUGUACAUGGUACGAAAUCGAUAUUAGGGGGCGUCUGGCGGGUGAUGUCCCUCUGCAGGCCACAGCUUGCAGCAAUGCAAACCACCGCAGAUCUCGAAGGUUUCAAGAAUUUGAGUCUACAGGAAACUGGAAGAGAAAAUGGAGCAUAG